UUAAAACCAUAAGUAAGGACUGUAACUGUAAUGAUGGACGACUUGGGCGACGAUUCUUUUGAUGAUGUGCUGGCUGCCAUGGAUAUGCCCACGGCACCAAAGCAGUCAAAAGUAGAAGCAGCCACAAAGUCAGCUGAAACCGGCACUAAAAUCGGAGCAAGCGUAAGUUCCACUGGAGGUGCAGCUAAGCCGCCGCCCUCAAACCCUCAUAGCAUUUGGGUCCACACCAAGCAACGCGGAAAUCCUAUACUAAAGUCUAUACUCAAUGUGCCCCUGGAAUUUCGUGAUGACAUUGUGGCAGACUAUGUCGUGGGCAGAACUUCUUGCAUACUCUAUCUGUCGCUUAAGUAUCACAAUCUCAAUCCGGAUUACAUUUGUCAAAGGCUUAAGACGCUUGGCAAGUUGUAUGAGCUUCGCGUGCUGCUCGUGCAAGUGGACACACCAGAGCCAAAUAAUGCAUUGAAAAGCUUAACGCGUAUAUCCUUGCUGGCAGAUCUGACAAUGAUGCUGGCCUGGAAUGCCGAGGAGGCUGGCAAAAUUAUAGAGACCUAUAAACAGUUUGAAAAACGUCCGCCAGACUUGAUUAUGGAGCGUGUUGAGUCCAAUCCACAUCAAAAACUGGUGGCAGCGUUGACCAACAUAAAACCCGUUAAUAAAACGGAUGCAGUCACACUGCUGCAAAUCUUUGGUAAUCUGGAGAAUAUAGCAAAUGCCAGCGAGGAGAGACUCUCGCAAGUGAUGGGUCUCGGCCCACGAAAGGCUAAGAAAUUGUUUAAAACGCUGCACGAACCUUUUCUUAGCAAAUAAGAA